AAAUUGUAAAUCGAAAUAUACGUUAUCCUAAAGGAUAAGGUUAAGAAAGUUGACUUUUUUCGAAAGUGUAUAAACCAUUUAAUAGGUGAAAGAAAGGAAGAAAAAGAAAAAUACAUAUUCGCAUAUAAAUUGAUUUAUAUUUAUAUUGAAAAAUGACGCAGCCAUCAGUAACGGCAUAUUUUAAUACGUGUAAAUCUAAAGCAUUAUUGUUGGAUCAAGAGCAUGUGAAAAUAAAUAAAGAGAGUGAAUUUAAAACGAAAACGCAAUCGUCGAAAGUUUUGUUUGAAAAAGAAGAAGAAACUAUGGUAACGAGAGGAAAAUUUAUAUCGGUGCAAGGAACGAGCAAUAAUUCUACCCAUAAAGUAAACUCUACUACGUGUCAUAAUCAAAUUGAUUCUAAAUGUUCUGCACAAAAAACAAAUAAAAUUAUUACGCGUUCACGCGCAGCUCAAGCACAGAAAUUAAGUGAAAUUGGUCAAGUGGAUAUACGUGAGAGUUUUCUCAAAAAAAGUAAUGAUGCCGAUGCGAAAAGAGUAUUAUUUAAAAAGGAGGGUACUUUAAAUCCAAAGAAGAAGCAACCUACGACCCCAAAGAAAAGUAUAUCAGAGGAAAAGCAGUCCACGAGGAAUGAAAAAAAUGAAGCAACUUCUGUUGGAUUUACUACGCCCAAAAAGGCAUCAAAUACUAGAGAUGACUCUAGUAAAAAAAACUUGGAUUUGAAUGAGAUUAAAAAUAGGAUUAACAAAUCUAACAGACUAGCAGAAUUAAAAGCUUCUAUUGAUCGCAUAAAAAAAUGUGAUCAGCGUUUAAAUGAAUAUCAGAAACAAAAUGAUUGUAAUAAGCCUCAAAUACAGAAAUUCGAGCAUAUUCAACUUGAAAUACCAAUUAGCCCUCAAAAGAACUUUAAAUCGCCAAACAAGGGAUUAAUGAGUCCUAUAAAAAGUGAAAUAUUACCUCAAACAAGCCCACAACGUCGUCUUUUAUUUGAACCUAAGGAAUCUACUAGUCCAGUAAAGAGUAAACCUGACAAAACUCCAGCUUAUCAAAGAUAUUUGUCACUUUUUGAAAAUGGUACACCAGGAUUACCAUUGCCGUAUAACUAUAGAUUCUUAGCGGAAAUUUUUAGAUCCGUUGAUACGGUCUCAGCUAUGCUGUUCAAUCGUAAAGAGUUAAUAACAUUUAAAAAAUUAAAGCCAGCUGUUCAAGAACUUUUACGGCGCAACUUUACAUUAGAGCAUUUAGGACAAAUAAAGACUAUCUAUCCUGAUGCUUAUGUCUUUCAUCAAGAAAAAGUUAGGUCAUUUGGAUCGACAUCUAAACAAGAUAAAUAUGAAUUAGUCUUGACACCGACUGUACAAGUAAAAGAUCGGCCGAAUGAACCAAAUGAAGACAAUGUCUUACAGGCGGCAAUAGACGUAAGCAUGAGCCCAGGCAUAUUGUUAGAAAGAAGAAGAAAAUUUUAUGAUGUUUUGUUAGAUAAAGUUAAGACAGAGCACGAGCAAUUUUUGCUAAAAUUAGAAGAACCGAUGGUCAUACCUAAAGACAAAAUUAUACGUUGGCAUCCUGAAUUUGAUGUUGAAAGUUGCAAGCCUAUUGACCAAUCUGUAUUGCCACAACCACCUGAUGUAGAAAAAGCCACCUCCGCUAAACACGUUUUAGAAAAAGCAAAAUCUCUAUUCAAUUGUAAUACUCGCAUGGAAAAAGCUUUGCAAAGAUUGGCAGAAGCAAAAAUGACGUCAAAAUCAGGAUCUUCGGACAUAUCAUCUACAAAUGAAUCUACUGAUGUUACUAUGAAAAACGUUAAUAUUGGUAUCAUCGAUACUCCACCCGCUACACCAUCUGUAGAAAAGAACUAUCUUUCUACGGCAUUUAAAGGCAUUCCAAAAGCUCUUCUUGAAAAGGUACGCGCAAAACAAGCUGCUAAAGCAUUAGAGAUGAUGACUAGGAACCCGGAUCUAGAUAAAGAGGCAACUCUAUAUUCUAGAUUACCCGAAUUAGCAAAAAUUCUACGUAGUAUUUUUGUAGCCGAAAAGAAAGGAGUUUUACCAUUGGAACAUGUAUUGACAAAAUUAGACAAUUCGUUUAGAACUAAACUAACUGCAGCUGAAUUAAAUGAACAUGUGCGAAAAUUAUGUAAAUUAUUGCCUACUUGGGCUAGUAUACAUAACGUGAGGAAAACAGAUUAUUUAAAGCUUGCAAAAGAUGUCGAUUUAAAUAAAGUAAUUAAAAUGUUAGAAAUCGUAGCUAACGAUAAAGUGAUUACAUCGUGAUAUCAUUAUCUCUUAUGGUACACUUUUUUAUGGUAUGCUUGCACGAGUACAAUAACAAUGAAUUAGCAUCUUACUACGAUUAGAGUUGAUAUUUUUUGGGUAGUGAAUAAAAGUAAUAUACGAAAA